AUGGCCAAAUCAUCAAACCUCCUUCUCAGUCUCUCCCUUUUCAUCUUUCUCAUCACCAAACCCGCCUUGGCUCAGACAUGUUCCAACUACAACUUCUCCACCAACACUCUCUUUAACUCUUGUAACGACCUCCCUGUUCUUGACUCCUUCCUCCACUACACUUACGAUUCUUCUUCAGGCAAUCUCCAAAUCGCCUACCGCCACACAAACCUCACCUCCAAGAAAUGGGUUGCAUGGGCCGUGAACCCCACUUCCACUGGCAUGGUUGGAGCUCAAACCAUUGUGGCUUAUCCACAACCAGACGGCAGCGUCAGGGUUUACACUUCACCCAUCACCACCUACCAGACGAGUCUCAAAGAAAGUGAACUAAGUUUCAACGUCUCUGAGUUGUCUGCUACUUAUCAAAACAACGAGAUGAUCAUCUUUGCAACUCUGAGACUUCCUCUUGGGAAUGGUGGAAACAUUAAUACUCUAUGGCAAGAUGGGUCUCUCUCCGGGACCAAUCUUAUGCCUCAUCUAAUGUCUGGAAACAAUAUCCGCUCUGUUUCCACUCUGAGUCUCCUCUCCGGUCCAUCUAGAGGAGGAUCAGGAGGAGACUCCAAGGUUAAAAAACGCUACGUUGGGCUACAGGUCUCAAGCUCGGAGAAGAAUCAGCCGGGAUUCAGUUUAGCACUCACCGUAGUAUCAGUAUCGCUCUCUUCUGUCUUGCAACAGUUCAGGUCUUUGCUCUAUUUUUAAGACCCCAACAAGAGUACAAGUACAGAGAGUCUACUGAAACAUAUCUACCACCACACACAGUGAUCAUCCACAGUGGUAAACGUUUUCAAAAGGUUAGACAUCUUGAGCCCUGAGAAGCAGUGAAGAAACGCUUUCACCGCUAUAAUUAUAACGC